CGUGAAUGGGUUAACUCGCUCGUUCAACAGAGCAUUCACAAACAUACGGUCUUGAGUGCAUCGCACACCCGCCAUGUCGAACACUAGUGGCGACAGUCUUGGCAGCAGUUUGGGCGAGAAAGUGAAGGGCGCAUGGCACGUCGUUGAAGGUGCCGGUGACUAUCUCCGAGGCAGCAUGAUGGAUUUUGUCGACUCGAUGACCGGCUCCGAUGGACACCAUGCGGAAACAGAAAGUGGCAGACAGGAGACGCAAGAGGGCUUGGCAGAGUUGAGGGGCGAUCCCAAGGCAGUCUUCGAUAAUGCGACAGACACGAAGAUGGUUCCGCCGCCGCCGUUCACUCGUAGCACCGAUGCAACGAACACUGGUGCCACUGCUGGCACCACUGGAACUACGGCUACGACCAGACAUGAUACAACUAGCGCCAGCAAGGGUACUGGCAAAGGUAUUGCACCCUGAAUGUCAAUAUUCUAUUGUUGCUCUCCGCUGCUACUCUUAGUGUAGUUCUCACCCUCUUGCAGUCCUGACACGGCCUGGGUCUAGUAUAUAGUUAUAUCCCACUUUGAAUAUGACGAGCCAUCAGUGUGAGC